GUGGCCUGCGCUUGGUUUGGAGUGCAUUGGCUGAAUAGCUCUGAGAACUGGGUGCUGGCAAGUGGCCUCAAUGACAGGGACGCGGUCUUCCAAUAUUUGAGCUGCCUGCUAUGGGCCUUUUGCCAGCUCGGUGUGGGCGAAAGUCCGCUCCUUCCCACCAACAAGACCGAGAUGGUCCUGAACAGUGUCGUUGGAUUCCGAUCCCUGGUCACCUCAGCAACUCUCAUCAGCACCAUGAGCGGCCUUAUCGCCGGUCUGCGCAAGCUGAGGGAAGAUGAGAUCUCCGAGUUCCGCCUCUUGCGCAGAUAUCUGCAGCAAAACAGCAUUCCGCAUGCCCUGGGCCAGAAGGUCACGCAGUUUCUUCAGCAUCAAUACGCGGCGAGGCAACAUGAAAGGUCACUACAUAUGCAUGUGCCACUCCUGAGCCUCCUGUCUCGGCCGAUGUACCAAGAGCUCCAGUUUGAGAGACAUCGCGUGGCACUCUCGAAGAUUGGCGUGGUGAGGGAACUCCUUGAGGGGGAUGGUGUGCAUUGUCUGCACACCUUGCAUCAGAUGGCCAGUGAAAGCCUCGUUCCGAUCCUCGGGGCCGCGGGUGAUUCGAUCUUCCUCAGCGGCCACGUCGCGAAAUCCUCGUUCCUAAUGAUGACCGGACGCUUGUGCUACUACCGCGCCGACAGCUCUGAGAUCCUGGACGAUACGCGCUGGGUUGCGGAGAUGUGCCUCUGGGCACCCUGGGUGCAUAUGGGUGAUUUGGAAGCGCAAGACACCUCCGAGCUCCUGAGUUUGGAUGCCGACGGCUUCUGCGCGACUCUGGGGCACAACUGGGAGACGCAGCGUGCUGCCAGCAGGUAUGCUCGCCGCUUCGUGGAUGCGGUGCAGAAGCAGUCCUUCUUGAGCGACAUCUUCGUCGAUCGGAACUCGAUCUUAGAUCCUACUCCCAAGCACGAGGAG